GAUUUAAAACUCUUGAGAACAAUUGAUUUUAAAAAUGACGAUGUUAUUGAAAUGCUUCUUCAAUAUCUUGAAAUUGCAAUGGAAGACAAAAAUCUCUACCAAAUGGUUGAAAGUAUCUUGGAUUUCCUUGCUCCAAGAAUAGGCUACAUUGAUGGCAGAUUUCUCAAAUAUGUUGCUAAAUUAUCGAAAUUUGAAAAAACUUCCAAAGACACUCUAAAGACACUUCAAAGUGAUGAAGAAAUUAAACGUUUUGCAUAUGUGAAAGAUAAAAAUACUAAUGUAGAAGAUAAUGAAGAAAAACGUGAUAAACUAUGGAAGGAAAUAAUUCAAAAUCGAAGCAUGGAUGAUAUUCCAAGAGCACAUAUUUGUCGCACUACAAAAGCAAGUAGACCUAUUCUUAUACCCAACAAGUCUCAAAUAGAAAUUGAAGAUAUACUUGAAUCUCUUGAAAACAAUGCUAAUAAACUUCAAACGGAAACUCAAAAUAGGCAGUUAAGUACAUCAAAUUUAGAAACAAUUAAAAAGGUUAUUUUAAAACUUAAAGAAGUAAGCAAAAUGGACUUGUAAAUAAAUUACUAACUGAAAAGUUAGAAAAUGCAAUUGAAUUUAAUUUCAUUUAAAUUUAGUAGUAUUUUCUUUACUCUUUAUUCUCUUCUGAGAAUUUUAAACCUAAUAUUAAAGGUAAUAGUUGCGAAACACUCAAAAAAUGCAUCAAAAACUUAUUAGCUUCGUCGAAAUU